AUAGACAUAUAUCUCCCUGCGUCCGCUUCCAAGUUGGGCACAUAUAAUAAACUCUGAAUUGAAUCGGUAAUCGUAAUCCCUAUGGGCGCCUGCUUGUCGUGCUCCCCAGCUUCCGUCCCUCCUCCUCCGGCUACUCCCACCGCGAAAGUGAUCUCUUUAGAGGGCAAUCUCCGGGAGUACCCUGCUCCCAUCUCCGUUUCCCGCGUUCUUCAAACCGAAAACCCCUCUUCCUCCACCUCCGAUUCCUUUCUUUGCAACUCCGACAGCCUGUACUACGACGAUUUCAUUCCCCCGAUGCCCCUCGACGACCAGCUUCUGGCCAGUCAGAUCUAUUUCCUUCUUCCUUCCUCCAAGCUCCGCCAGCGAUUGAGCGCCUCCGACAUGGCCGCCAUGGCCCUCAAAGCCAGCCUCGCCCUCCAAAAUGCUUCCUCUAAAGACCCCCUCUUGCGUAAGAAGGGUCGUAUUUCUCCCCUCCUCAUCCCCAACCCCACCUCCGACUCCCACUCCGACUCGGACUCCAACCUCGCCCCCUCCGACUCCAAGAAGAAUAAUGGCGUCCCCGUUCCCAUCCCCAUCCCCAUCCCCGAAUCCUCUUCCGUUAGAAAAUUGCAGAAAUUGACAUCCAGAAGGGCAAAAAUGGCGGUUCGUUCCUUUAAACUCAAAUUGAGCACCAUCUAUGAAGGCACCGUUCUCUAGGGACUAGGGAUUCCAGCCUCCCAUUUUUUUGGGCGCAUACAUACAAUUCUCCUAUGUAAAGAAACAAAAUUGGAGAAGCUAAGAGGGUUAGAUGGAUGUGUAACUUUCUUUUCAUUCUGACUUCCGAGAUCCAAUUUUUCAAUGUUAAUGAAUUGAAGUAAGAGGGAAUUAUCCACUUCCGAUCGAGAAAUUCCAAAUUCGAUCCAUAUUAUUGGGGGCGUCCAGCUGCUUGUGUUUUUUGUGUAUGUCCACAUUAAUUGGAGGAGAGGGCGAGAAGAAGAAGGAGCGGCAAAGGGCGGAGGGCGGGGGUGGCAACCUAAUUAAAUAUUGUUAAUGCAAGUCAGAGUCAGAGGGCGAGCGGUACAUGGGAUUGGAUUUCAAAUGUGAAGGCGGAACCGGAAGAAGACAGAAUGUGAAGCCCCGCAGCGCAGCCAAAGUUGAUGGAUCUGAGUUUGAAACCAAAGGCUGUUUUUCCACCACACAAACUCUCAAAUCUCAGUUCUCUUAUGUUUUAUGUAAAUUCUAUGUUGUUUCCUUGCAUGGAGAUGCCCAAAUCUAAUUCCUUUUUCCAUCCUAUUUCAUUAAUAAAAAGUCAAACCAACAACUACCUAAGCUAACCUAACCUGUACAUGCAUUAUGAUUGAUGCAAAUGCAUGCCUAUUUGGUAUCAGGUAUAAUUUUUCAUGUACUGGAGUGGAGACAUACAAUAACUGGAAAUGUGGAUUUAUUUGGAUA